AUGGUCAAGAUCGCAGUCGCAGGCGGCACAGGCAAUGUUGCGACAGAGCUGCUCCGCGCGCCCAUCCGCACCGGGAAACACGACGUCACCAUCUUCACCCGCUCCGGCGCGCCCUCGACACCCGUCCCCGGCGUGCGCUACCAGAAAGUCGACUACGCCGACGUGGGCGAGCUGACGGCGGCGCUGCAAGGCGUCGACGUAUGCCUCUCGUUCCUGAUUGUGCACCUCGACACAGACAGCACGGCGCAACGCAACCUGAUCGCAGCGUGCCAGGCAGCAGGCGUGAAGCGCUUCGCACCGUCAGAGUGGGGCAUCAAGAACGGCUCAGGCGCGCCGCCGUACGUGAACAAGGACUUCAUCGCCGAGUACCUGGCGGAGCUGAACAAGGAAAAGACGGUGCUGGAAUACUGCCUGUUCCAGCCGAGCAUCUUCCUCGACUACUUUGCGAACCCGCACACGCUCAGCCCGGGGCUGAUCACGUGGCCGUUCUUCAUCGACUUCGAGAGCCGCCGUGCCAUCGUGCUCGACGACGGCGACCAGCCCAUCGUCGUCACUGCCAUCGCUGACGACUCGGAGAUCCUGGCCCGCGCGCUCGAGGACCCGCGGCCCUGGCCGGCGGUCGGCGGCGUGCGCGGGUGCAGGACCAGCCUCAACGAGCUGGUGGCGCUGGGGAAGAAGAUCAGGGGCGGCGAGUGGACGAUCGAGCACGUGCGGGGCGAGGACGUGCUGAAGGGUGAGCUGAAGACGACGUGGGUGCCGCGGGUGGAGCACCCUGUUAUCCCCGUCGAGCAGCGCGAGGAGUGGAGCAAGGGCUUCGUUGUCAUGUUCCUGGUGGGCAUUCUGAACGGCUCGUGGGACGUGAGCGAUGAGUGGAACCAGCGGUUCCCGGACUACAAGUUUGCCAGCGCCGAGGAGUAUCUCACCAAGGCGUGGGCGGGGAAGCCGUAG